UACAAACCAUCUGACCACUGUGUCUGCGUUUUCCCUCCGCUAAAAACCCUCAACCUGGUCAACGUUUUUCCCAGUGCUUCUCUACCGGAAUUCCUACAGUGAUGGCGGCGUCCUCGACGGUAUUCUCAGACUCCUACUCGGCUACGAGUCGCCUUCUUCUUCCCUUUCGCAUCCGCGGCUUCCAUCUACGCCGCACGCUUUUUCUCUCCCCCAAAUCCAACAAACGGAGCUUUGUGAGUUCAUCCGCUUUCGCUUCAGUUGCUAUGACAACCGAGACAUCUUCAAAGUUGCUUGAUGGAAAAUUAAUUGCAAAGAAGAUCAGAGAUGAAAUUGCUGGUGAGAUAGAUGGCAUUAAAGAAUCAACUGGCAUUGUACCUGGAUUGGCAGUUAUUCUAGUAGGUUCGAGAAAAGAUUCCCAAACCUAUGUGCGCAACAAGAAGAAGGCUUGCGAAGAUGUAGGCAUUGCAUCUUAUGAAGCUAAUUUGCCUGAGGAUUGUUCUGAGGAAGAAGUUAUCAAGCAUAUUUCCAAAUUCAACAGCAAUCCUUUAGUUCAUGGCAUCCUCGUACAAUUACCUCUACCUCGGCACAUGAAUGAGGAGAAAAUCUUGAAUGCUGUUAGUAUUGAGAAAGACGUUGAUGGUUUCCAUCCUCUGAAUAUUGGUCGUCUUGCCAUGCAAGGUAGGGAACCUUUGUUUGUUCCAUGUACGCCAAAAGGAUGCAUGGAACUUCUGCACAGGUAUGAAAUUGAAAUCAAGGGUAAGAGAGCUGUUGUUAUAGGAAGAAGCAACAUUGUUGGAAUGCCUGCUGCAUUGUUAUUGCAGCGAGCAAAUGCAACAGUAACAAUUGUACAUUCGUACACUAAAAACCCUGAAGAAAUCACAAAACAAGCUGACAUAGUUAUCUCAGCUGCCGGAGUUGCAAAUCUGGUGAGGGGUAGCUGGCUAAAACCAGGUGCUGUUGUUGUUGAUGUUGGAAUUAAUCCUGUUGAUGAUACAGGAAGUGCUCGAGGAUAUCGACUAGUAGGUGAUGUGUGCUUUGAGGAGGCUUGCAAGGUGGCCUCAGCUAUUACUCCAGUGCCUGGUGGAGUUGGUCCCAUGACUAUUGCCAUGCUUUUAUCCAAUACAUUGAGCUCAGCUAAAAGGCUACAUGAACUAAAAUAAUUUUGAUGAAUUUUUCACAAGUCUUGAUUGUAUGGAUGAUCACUAACUAUUACAUUUUCAAUCCAAAAUCUGAGGGAAUAUGGAAUAAAAUUUUUCUCAUUUCGAUUCAGAGGGAACUGUCGUGAAAGAUGGAGAGAUUAAAGCCUUUAGAGACUUCUUCCAUGUAAUACUGUUUUGGAAAAUUUAUGUAUUAUUUUGUUAAAUUGUAGGAUUAAAGCAUUCUGUUUCUAUGGAAAAUAGUGAGGAUCCAA